AUGCAAGAGGUCAUUGCGGGGUUGCAGCAGCUCACCUUUGCCUUUGAGGAGGAUGUAGAGAUGCAGAGGGGCCCUGGGCUCUUACCUUUCCAGACUAUGGACAAGUUGGGCUCAGCUGUGUGCAACUUCUUUGCUAAAGGGUUCUGUGAGAAAGGUAAGCUCUGCCCCUCCCGGCACGAGCGAGGGGAGAAGAUGGUGGUGUGUAAGCACUGGCUGCGGGGGCUGUGCAAGAAGGGUGACCAGUGCAAGUUCCUGCACCAGUACGAUGUCACCAGGAUGCCCGAGUGCCACUUCUACUCCAAGUUCGGUGACUGCAGCAACAAGGAGUGCCCAUUCCUCCACGUUAAGCCAGCUUGCAAGAGCCAGGACUGUCCUUGGUAUGACCAAGGCUUCUGCAGGGACGGUCCUUUGUGCAAAUACCGCCAUGUCCACAAAGUGAUGUGUAUCAACUACUUAGUUGGCUUCUGCCCCAAGGGACCCAAGUGCCAGUUUGCGCAUCCCAAGAUGAAUCUUUUAUUCAACCCAAGUUACUUGAAGGUUGUAAAUUGGCCACGGGAGGUGGAAGGACCAGCCCCACGGGCGUCUGCCACGGAACACCCUGAGCUCUCCUCAUCCCCAGGGCGCCUGCUUCUGCGCCAUCAGAGGCAACUCCAGGAGAACCCGGCCUCCUCCUCCCAGAGGCCCCGGCUCCAGCGGAUCACCUGCUACAGGUGUCAGUACUGGGUUGCACUGCCCCCUAGCAGACCCAUCAUGUACCAAGGGCAGUUCAACAGCUACCUCAGGUGCAGCAACUUCAGCUGUUGA